UGAUUUCCUGCAUAUUCUGAGACAUAACAUAAAAAAAAAAAUUUUUUUUUUUCACAUUUUAAAACAGAGUCAUAUCUAGAGAUAGUUUACAACUUAUAGAAACCACCUAAAUAAAAAGUAUAUCAUAAUGGGUAAAUCAGGUAAAGGUAAAGGAGGUAAGAAUAGAAGAAGAGGAAAGAACGAUAACUCUGGACAAAAGAGAGAAUUGAUCUUGAAAGAAGAAGGUCAAGAAUAUGGUCAAAUCACUAAGAUGUUAGGUAAUGGAAGAAUUGAAGUUAGUUGUUUUGAUACAAUUAAAAGAAUGGGUCAUAUUAGAGGUAAAUUAAGAAAGAAGGUUUGGAUGGGUCAAGGUGAUAUCAUUUUAGUUUCUUUAAGAGAUUUCCAAGAUGAUCAAUGUGAUGUGGUUCAUAAAUAUAAUUCUGAUGAAGCCAGAACUUUAAAGAGUAUUGGUGAAUUACCUGAAAAUGCUAAGAUUAAUGAAACUGAUACCUUUGGUGCUGAUGAUGAUGAAGAUGUCAACUUCGAAUUCGGUGCUGAUGAUGAUGAUGAUGAUGAUGAAGAUGAUGAUGAGUUAGAUAUUGAUGAUAUUUAAACAAGUAACUUUUAUUGUUUGUUACUAGAUAUUAUACCAAGUUAUUAUCGAAAGAGAGAAAGCAUGUUGCAUAUUUUUUAAAGUGAAGAUGAUGAUACAUAAGUAGUCAUUAAACGAACCCACUUCACUAUCACCAUCACCCAUCAUAUUGUAUU